CAGUAUACCAUUGUGUAAAGCUAUAAUUUUGUAUGUAAAUAUGUGGAAAAUGUAUUUCAUUAAAAUUUUUUGGUUAAUUGUAUCUUUGGUGCUGUUUGUCUACCGACGUUUGCGUACGAUCUUUGUGCGCUUGUACGGGAAGGUGUUUCAUAUUUAUGAACCAACUAGUACGCAUGAUAGCAUUGCAAAUUAUAUUUUCAACAAAAUGUCUUAUCAAUUAAAAUUGUUGGAAAAUAAAUACGGACAGGAUGACAAUUAUAGUCAUUGUCUUCUGGUCAGUGGUCAAAAUCCAAAUAUUUUAGAAGAGCAAGUACACGAAAAACUUGAAGAAACUCGCAGAGAUGCGUACGCUUUAUUUGAUGAAAUCAACAGGAAAUGCAAAAUACCGGAACGCCUUUUAAUCGAAGCAAUGUUGUUUGAAGAUUGGCUUUCAAAACGUAACAAUCGAUUGUUGAAGGUUGAUGCCAGGGUUCUUCGCACAAUAUUUCCUGAUAUGUCACUCAAAUUUGCUAAAUAAUCAUCAAAUGUGGUUUUUUAUUAUAUACUCUAGUUUAA